AUGUCUAAAAUAGCAAAAAAAGAUACACGUCCAAAAACUACGGAUGUAACUUUGACAAAAGGCUCUACAUUUGAAGAUUUUGGAUUGAAACGAGAUCUUUUGUUGGGUAUAUUUGAGGCAGGGUUUGAAAAACCAUCUCCUAUUCAAGAAGAAGUAAUUCCAAUUGCAUUAACCGGUAGAGAUAUAUUAGCAAGAGCAAAAAAUGGUACUGGAAAAACAGGUUCUUUUGUAAUACCUGCACUUCAACAGGUUAAAAAUUCAAAUGAGAUUCAGUCACUUAUUUUAGUUCCAACAAGAGAAUUAGCUUUACAAACUGCUCAAGUUGUUAAGACUUUGGGUAAACACUUAAAUGUUCAAGUUAUGGUAUCAACAGGAGGUACAAGUUUAAGAGAUGAUAUUGUUAGGUUACAUGAUCCAGUUCAUAUAUUAGUUGGUACCCCAGGAAGAAUUUUGGAUUUAGCUUCAAGAAAUGUUGCGGAUUUAUCAAAUUGUGGUUUAUUUAUUAUGGAUGAAGCUGAUAAAAUGUUAUCAAGAGAAUUUGAAAGAAUUGUUGAUCAAAUUUUACAAUUUCUACCACAAAAUCAUCAAAGUAUAUUAGUCUCAGCAACAUUUCCAUUAUCUGUUAAAAAUUUUUUAGAAAAAAAUUUAAAAAAACCCUUUGAGGUAAAUCUUAUGAAUGAAUUGACCCUUAAAGGUAUAUCUCAAUAUUAUGCUUUCGUGGAAGAGAAGCAAAAAUUACAUUGCUUAAAUACAUUAUUUUCAAAAUUACAAAUAAAUCAAGCCAUUAUAUUUUGCAAUUCCACAAAUAGAGUUGAAUUAUUAGCUAAAAAAAUUACAGAAUUGGGAUAUUCAUGUUAUUAUUCUCAUGCAAGAAUGCCACAGAAAGAUAGAAAUAAAGUAUUUCAAGAUUUUAGAGCUGGAAAAGUUAGAAAUUUAGUUUGUUCAGAUUUAUUAACUAGAGGGAUUGAUAUUCAAGCAGUUAAUGUUGUUAUAAAUUUUGAUUUUCCAAAAACUGCUGAAACUUAUUUACAUAGAAUUGGUAGAUCUGGUAGAUUUGGUCAUUUAGGUUUAGCUAUUAAUUUGAUUAAUUAUCAAGAUCGUUAUUCAGUUUAUAAAAUUGAACAGGAAUUGGGAACUGAAAUUAAACCAAUUCCAGCUACAAUUGAUAAAUCUUUAUAUGUUGCACCAAAUGAUGAAGGAGCAGAAAUUUCUCAACCACAACAACCAGUUCAAAAACCAGCCCAAACUCAACAAACUCAACAAUCUCAACCUCAACAACCUCAAUCUCAACCUCAACAACCUCAACCUCAACAACCUCAACCUCAACCUCAAUCUCAACAACAACCAAAUCAACCUCAAUUUCAACCUCAGUUCCAACAAUUCAAUCAUUAUCAAUACCAACAACCACCUUCUCAAUUCUCAGGUCAUCCACCACAAUUUCCAAAUCAACAAUACCCACCGGGCCAAUUCUAA